AUGGCCACCAGCAGCCCACAGCUCGUGAUGCUCGUGUCGUGUUUGGCCGCCCUUGCCCUCGCCGCCGGCGCCGGGGAAGCGGAUGGUAGGCCAAAGGCCCGCAGGUUCGUGACGGCGAGCGGGGCGCGGUUCAUGGCGGGCGGGCGGCCGUUCUACGCCGACGGGUUCAACGCGUACUGGCUCAUGUACAUGGCAUCGAACCCCGCGGACCGGAGCAAGGUGCUCGACGUGCUGGACCAGGCGUCCCGCCUCGGCCCAACGGUCGUCAGGACCUGGGCCUUCAGCGACGGCCAGGGCAGCGACCGGUCGCUGCAGAUCACCCCCGGCGUGCACAAUGAGCAAGUGUUCGUGGGACUAGACUUCGUAAUAGCGGAAGCAAAGAAACGAGGGAUCUACUUGAUCCUGAGCUUGGUGAACAACAUGGACAGCUUUGGCGGGAAGAAGCAAUACGUGCAGUGGGCCCGAGACCGAGGCCACUACCUUGGGUCCGACGACGACUUCUUCUCCGACGCCCUCACCCAGCAGUUCUACAAGAACCACAUCAAGGAUAUGCACCGUAUAUACUUCGUAUCAUUGUGUGUAUAUGUGGAACAGAGGAUGGUCACGAGAGUCAACACCUUCACGAGGGUGGCGUACAAGGACGAGCCGACCAUCUUCGCGUGGGAGCUGAUGAACGAGCCUCGCGUCCCGAGCGACCUCUCCGGAAAGACGAUGGAGCGCUGGGUGGCAUCGAUGUCCGCGUACGUCAAGUCCGUCGACCCCAAGCACAUGGUGGAGAUCGGCAUGGAAGGGUUCUACGGCGAGUCUACGCCGGAGCGCAAGCGGUUCAACCCGGGGCAAGGGUACACCGGCGGCACCGACUUCAUCUCCAACAACCACAUCCCCACCGUCGACUUCGCCACCAUACACAUCUACCCCGACCAAUGGUUGCCGGGGUCGAGCAGCCAUGCGCAGGUGGAGUUCACCAAGAGGUGGAUGGCGUCUCACAUCGAGGACGCGGGGAAGGCGCUGCGGAAGUCGCUGCUGGUGGCGGAGUUCGGCUGGUCCGCGCGCUCCGGCGGCUACACGGUGGCGGCGCGGGACGGCUACUUCCGCAUGGUGUACGACGCCAUCUACGCGUCGGUGAAGGGGGGCGGGCCGUGCGCCGGGGGGCUCUUCUGGCAUGUCAUGGCGCCUGGGAUGGAGAGCUGGACCGACGGCUAUGACGUCGUGUUCGAGCGCAGCCCCACCACCGCCGCCGUCGUCUCGCAGGAGUGCGCCAAGAUCGACAGAAUCACGUCCGCAGUCUAGCUUUUAUUGAGGCACAUGCAUGUGUGUGGACUGUGG